AAUACAUUCAUUUCCCUCAACAAACCCGGUUGGCACCCAGCGCUGUAUGGCUUGUCUAUUACCUCUUUUCAAUUCAAAUCUCUCCUUCGUAUUUUUCUUAUCUUAUUCAUUACCUCAAGCCAAUUUGUAAGAACCUAUACUGUUACUCCGAUCUCUUCAUCCGGACAAGCUGUGCCCUUGACCUUUCAGCCAUGAACCCUUCCAUUCCGCCCUCAACAGCCGAAUACGGUGGAGACGAGGUUUCUGCGAUCGUGCUUGACCCGGGCUAUUCCACGACACGCGCUGGAUUCGCUGGUGAGGAUACACCAAAAUCGUUAAUCCCAACCUACUACGGCAAAUACACCUACGAUGGUCAGGAAAAAUUGAUAUUCGGGGAUGAUGUCUUCGUCACGCCUCGUCCUGGCCUUUCAAUCCAUAACCCAAUGGGUCGAGAUGGAAUAGUAGAAGACUGGGACAUGGCCGAGAAAGUUUGGGAGUAUUCAUUCACCUCGCGCCUUACAGGACCCAAACCUGGGAAUCCCCUGCAGAAUGGGUUGAAUGACACCGCAGACAGCGAGUUGCCCACGGAGAUGGAGGGGGUGGAGACUGAAGAAAAGCCUCUGGCGGAUAGCCCAUUGUUGAUGUCAGAGCCAGGUUGGAAUCCCACAAAAGCCCGCGAGAAGACCAUCGAGAUCGCUAUGGAAAAAUGGGGCACGCCAGCCUUCUAUCUUGCAAGGAAUGGCGUUCUUGCAGCCUUCGCGGCCGGCAAAGCUUCCGCGUUAGUUAUCGACAUCGGUGCAUCCAAUCUAUCCAUAACUCCGGUCCAUGAUGGGAUGAUCCUGAAGCGAGGGGUUCAGCAUUCCCCUCUUGGCGGAGAAUAUAUCUCGUCGCAACUUCGCGCUCUCUUCAAGGCAAACACACCGCAACCGAUUUCCAUAACACCCCAUUAUCUCAUCUCCUCCAAAGUUGCUGUGGAUGCCGGGCAGCCUGCACAAGCUAAAUACAGGACCUUUCCACCAGAGAAGGGGCCGGACCCAUCCUAUCGCACCCUUCUUGAAGAGCGGACGCUGUGUGAAUUCAAGGAAUGCGUGGUUCAAGUUUGGCCUGGGCCUAACAAGCUCUCUGCAACGGGCCCCAAUGGGGUUUUAAACGAGGACCUUGCCAAGGCCAGUCCCGGGCGGCCUUUCGAGUUCCCUGACGGCUAUAACCAAGUCUUCGGCGUCGAUCGCUAUCGGGUAGUUGAAUCUCUCUUUGACGCAAAGGCCGCGAUUCCGGAUUCUGAGUCGGCGUUCUCGCCACCCACGCAGGUGCAGACCGUACCCGAAUUAAUAAAAAAUGCGCUGAAUGGUGUUGACGUGGACGUUCGCCCACAUCUCUUGGCGAACGUUGUUGUGACAGGUGCCUCGAGCUUGCUCUACGGGUUUACGGACCGCUUGAAUCAAGAGUUGAUGCAGAUGUACCCGGGACCGCGCGUGCGGAUUUCAGCGCCAGGAAACACUGCAGAGCGAAAAUUUGGCUCUUGGAUUGGCGGAAGUAUCCUGGCCAGUCUCGGAACUUUCCAUCAACUAUGGAUCUCGAAGAAGGAGUUCGAGGAACACGGUCCUAACAUUGUUGAGAAACGGUGCAAGUAGGAAUACUUUGUUUGCCUGUGUCAUACUAUCUGUUUUCGAACCACUUUUCAAGGUAGUGGAAGGUGGCUGUUGCGGUACCUUUCAUGGAUUGCUUUCGCGCUAUCAUAUGUGAUGAAAACCCGGAGGACGACCUCAUACGAACUUCUAAGUUCAUUCUCGGUGAUGUUAUCUAUUGGCUAUCGCUAUGGUACUGUGUCAAAAUAAAGACUUUUGCUUUGCGAGCACUGGAC